AUGAAUAUACGGUCAGGUAAUAAUGAUAGUGGUGUUGCAGGCGACACUGAGGGAAUUUUAUUAUUGCUGCAACAAAUACUGUCUAGAAUGUUACUAAAAAUUAGAUCCAAUGAGGAUUUGUAUGAGUUUUAUACCAAGGUUAAGGAUGAAUGCAGCGCAUAUGGAAGAGAUGAUAGUAGAUGUGUUAUAAAUGCGGAUGCAGUAUUCAAGGUUCUUAUGUCUUAUCCGCAGGAGUUGCUGGAUAUUGUUAUUUUGCCAUCGAUUUUGAGGUAUUUUGAGUGGUCAGCAGAAAGCUCCUCAAGCGCAGAUGCCAAGGGUUGCAGUUCUAUAGUGACGCCAGAUCGAUGUUAUUAUUUUUUGAAGGAUGAUACCAAUGGGUUUCAGCAUAGCGCUGAGAUGUGUCAGAGUGUGUUUGAUGCGGUGAAAGUACUUCAGCGGUUGCAAAUGGUGAUAUUUGGGGAGAAACCCAUGCUGCAUGAUAUUAAUGAUCCGGACUCUGAAAGUCCCACAUGGAGUUCAUUGGAGACGUCCGGGACGCUGGAGUUUAUUCAGUCACUACCCAAAGGACGGAAUACUGCGACGGGUGGUACAGAUUCAGGCGAAAGUUCUCGUGAGCAGGCUAAAUUCCAGCGGUAUCCCGAACUGGCUUGUAAAGAGCAAGGACUGAAGGCCCAAGAGAAUGAGCAGCCGGAACAGAGGCGAGAGAUUCAGUCAGAUGAACCUGAGCUGGUGCGUCAACCAAGCCAGAGAUUCUCCCCAGGAACUGCUGUAAAUCUCCGCAUUGCCCAGCAUCAGAAGCGCAAACAGAAGCUGCCGCCGCCACCACCACCGCAGUCCCAUUCUUCUGCACCACCAGUAAUUCAGCAGAUAACUAAAUCCAAGGAAGCCACAGCUACUUACCAGAAUCAACUCCAGCCAUUGCAUCAGACAGUCGACACUCUCAAUCCUGCUGAUCCACCCAUGUAUGCGUUUCAAAGCUAUGGAUACGAUCCGAAUAGCUUACUCGAACAGGCCCUGCCGGACAUUAAACAAAGGUUGCACGACCUCACAGUGGAAAACAACAACCUGCGACAGCAAGAUUCGCUACUAAUGCAGCAGAUACAGUGUUUAAAACAGCUAGUCGGGUCACUUCAAAAAACGGUUGCUGCUCUAUCGAACGCAACCAGUCUCUUAACUAAGGGUAAGGUCGCUAAAAUGAAACACACUGUUAAUGCCCCCUCAAUGCGCUCUAACCUAAUAAAACAGUCAGCAAGUGGCACCAGUGCCCUCUCAAUGGGAACCCAACUCAGCUACUCCGAUGCCAGUAGCACUACAACCGCUAAUGAAGAGCUGGUAGACCCAAUCAUUGACGAAUACGAACCUUUCAUAAUAAAGAACGGACGUCGUCCCAGCAUGCACUCGUACACAGGAAGCCAGCUCCCCCCAAACACUACAAAUUGCUCCCACAGUAUGCUCCACUUCCAAGGCGACACCAUGUUCGACCCUCAGAGAGAGAAAGUCAACCCAAUGCCUCCGUACCAGCCCAUUGACGUCCCCGACCACCAACAGUCCUCAUAUCCACUCGUCGCAGCCUCAGCGUUUCCGUAUAACGCAAGGCAAAAUAUAGCUCUGCAAUCCCAACAGUCCGCUUAUAAAUCAAAAAAACCACGUCCCCGCUACAAAGACAGCCAAGGUACUAGGCUCUCAAGGGGAGCACGCUACCAGCCCCCGCUAACCGCCGACGGCAAGCACUACCUGCUAGACGAGGAAGGAAAAUUCGCCAUCGUAAUGAGCAAUGACCAAGACUCAAUCUACUCCAUCUACAACGAGUUCUACCAGUCACUCAAGCCACAGGUCGACUCUUUUGUACAGGACUUCGGAAAGUCAAAGCUAGUCCAAUUCCGAAAGAAGCGUACCUUCCAAAAAAAAAAGGCUUUCGUCUACCUCAUAGAAAAGAUCUCCUACUUCACGAAACUCCCUCCAGAGUACGUCCUACAAAUUGUAGACAACGUAAGAAUAAAAGAAGAAAAGUCUGUCGUCUGGGUAUGCAACAAUCUCGGCUCUCUCAAGUAUGCCAUAGUCAAGUACCGGCCCGAUCUCAGACAGAUUAUCGCCACAGACGCUGACUGA